AUGGGGAACGUUGUCCUCAAAUCGCGGGCCAACUCCAAAACGUUUGGUGAUGAUGGAGAGGAUGCAGAUAUUCAUUCUCCGUCAAAGUCUACAAAGAAAACACCAAGUAGUGGUAGUAAUCAACCCUCUCCCUCCGCCACAACUGCAGCUAUUGCCACUACCACCACCACCAACAACAACAAUCAUUCAUCGUCUUUGUCGGAAAAUGCAUUUUCCUCUCCUCCUAGUACCACCAAUCCACAACAACAACAACAACAUUCUCCCACAAGUGCCACCAUCACCACCCACUCGAUCCCUCAUUCCAAUCAUUCUCCUUCAAAAAUAUAUAUUGUUUCUCAAUCUGUUCCUGUAACAACGUCUGCUGUGGCCAACAACAACAGUUCACUCCUCCUCCCCACAUCAUCAUCAUCAUCAACAUUCUCCUCCUCUACAAUUCUCAAUUUGGCCAAUGAAACAUUUUCUGAUAUUGAGGCUUGGAAUGAAGUUUCCGAUGAAUACAAGGAAGGAAUUUAUACCUUGUAUUGUAAAAUUAAAAAACGAUAUCAACAGGCCAAUAAUGCACCCAAUGAUUUAUCCAUGAGAAAACAUGCCAUUCGAAUUGGAUCUCCACAACACUUUUAUCGAUAUUUCAAUGUACAGUUAAAAGCAGUGAAAGAAAUGAUUUAUAAUGAAUAUGUGGAAGAAUGUCGAGCCAAUAAGAAGAAAGAUGAUGUUCUCAAGUUCUCUUCUCCACAAGAAUCUCAACCAAUAGUUCAAUCCUCCCAUCCUUCCAUGUACCAUACUACUACUACUACUACUUGUCACCAGGACAAUGAUGAGAAUGAAGAUGAUUACAAUAAUGGUGAUCAUGACAAUGAUGAUAAUGAAGAGUCCGACACCACUCUCAGUGUUCUUUCAAUCGAUGAAUAUUUUGCACAACAAAACGAAGGUCACAAAAUUAUUUUCAAAAAACCUCUCAAAGUCAAAUUAAUCAUUUCAGAUUUAAAUCAACCAAAAUUAGCAAGCAAAAUGGCUAGCACUGUGAAUAGUUUUGUCAAUGUAUUUAGUCAAUUUGGGUGGGUCCAUACAGCAUUUACUAUUUCAAAUUUAAAAUUCGAUUGGGUCAAAUCAGAAUAUUGUGAAACAUCGGAUGUGAAAGGAACUUCUUGUUUAUUGGCUAUUACAGUGAAGGAAAUUUAUGACAUGAAUGAAUUAGAAGAUUGUUUGAAAAUUCUCUCAGAAGAAGUUUCUCGUUGGAAUCGUGAAUAUUCCUAUGGAAGUAUCAGUAAUGAUAGAAAAUUACAAAAAAAGAUUGCCAAUUGUCAAGAUUUUACAAUAUUCAUGCUUCGAAAAAUUGGUGUGAAAGAUUUUAAAUUUGAAAAUACAUCCAUUGGUGAUUAUUUAGAAACUAUUUUCAAUAAGGGAUUAACAGAUGUCAUGUUUACUACAAAUAAGGAAUUUAGAGACAAGUAUAACUCUCUUUUUAAAGAACACCCCUCUAAGAAUUAUAGAAUGAUUGAAAAGAAACACACCUUUCAAACACACAAAGAUUUGGAUUUAUUUGUUAAGGAUUUAAUUGAUGUGGAUCCUUCUUUUGAAAACUCUGAAGAAUAUCAAUUAUUGAAAGCCUUUGAUCGAGGAUUUUGGUUGAAAUAUAGAAGAUCAUGUGGUGCCAUGUUAGGUGAUUCCAAUUACGAUGAAUUAAUUAAGAAUGAACCAUUACAAAUAGAAGAUGAAGAUGGAAUGCUUGUAUUGAAAUGUCCAUUUGGAGAUCCCAAUGAAAGUUAUUCAUUAUUGGCACAACCCAUGUAUACUGCGAGUAGUGUGAGUAGUGGAUACAGAAGGAGCAAUCAGACGAACAUUUUUAUACCUCCCAUGAACACCUCCUCUCCCAAUAGAUUUAUUCCCCCAACGAUGAACAAUGCUAAUAGACUUCCCGUAAACACUGUUCAAGGAUUAUUUCAACAUUUUACUCCGGGUACGUUUGCAUCACCAGUUUUCCGUCCUCCUCCCCAAUAUCAAGCACAACAAGCAACAAGAACUCAUCCCAUUUCUCCAAUUCCUUCUUCUUCCCCAAUUUUGAAUCAACGCUCACCUACUUUACUCACAAAUCCUAAUAACAGUUUGACGCAUCGGAGAACAGUUGAUGAUGACGGACAAAGUAGUAGUGGAUUUUCUUCACAUUCUUCUCUCUCAUGUAAUAGUAAUAUUCACAACAUAACUGAUGUGCAUAACGGUAUUUUGAACAAUGAAAUUCGAAAUCUUAUUACACUGCCAACUCUUUCAUCAACAACAAUUGGAUCACUGCCAAUAACAUCACCUGUCACUAGUCCAUCUUCAAGUAAAACAUUUCUCAAUCAUGUCAACACGCCAACUGAACAAUCAAAACUUGAUCCAUUAGUUUGCAGAUCAGAAUGUCCAUUAAUAUUCUAUCGUAUUAUUGUACUUGUAAAUAACAAGCUUUCGAUAUUUGAGGAGGUUAUCAAUAUAAUUGAAACUCCAAUGGAUAUCUACAACGAAGAAAUUGAUGGUUUUGAGAAAGGUGAAAAAAUUGAUAAUGAGGAUGAAAUAAUUGCAAAUUUAAGAAAAUUGAACUCCAAUCAUUUGAAAUUCUCUGACAUUACAAAUAUUUAUGAUCGAAUUAUUUUACCUUACAUCAAAAUUCAAAAAAAACAUAUUGGCGAGGCUGAAGAGAUGGCACUUUGGUUAGGAUAUAAAACAAAAAUUAAGCGUCUCGUGAAGUUAAUCUUACCAUUUGUACAUCAGGAUAUUCAUUUAACCGUUCUACUAUUGAGCGUAUUAUUCAAACAAACAUUUAACGUGAAAUAUUUAAAAUUUAUUGGUGAUUAUUUGAAAUAUUGCUAUGAUAUUAACCACGGAGAAACUCGACUCUAUUUAAUUGAGCUCUACAAAAAUGUGAAAACCAAUUUACUCUACCAUUUCUUUAAUUAUAUCGACACACAUGUGAAGUGUCGACAAGAUAACUUAUUUUUGGCAUAUCCAAAAUUCAUUUCCAAGUAUAUCGAUGUGCUUGUUUCUUUCGGAUACCUUUCUAACUGUAUUGAUAUGAUCUUUGACUUCUUUUCAGUGUGCUGCUCCUUUGAUUAUGCAUUGUGUAUUAACAAAACAUUUGAUCACAUAACGAAAAUGCUACAAGUUUGUGAAAGAGAAGAAUUGCCACACGAUGUGACUGCGCAUUACAUCAAGCUGCUGGUAACCUCUCUAAGUUUGUUUACACAAAAUCAUAGAGCGGGUUCCUUUGUGUUUGAAUAUGUUUCUGCCUUAAUGAAAUUCAGAAAGGCAUGUCAACGAAAAUCCGAUAACUUGUAUCAACUGGUUUAUAAAGAAACAGAUCCCACCUUGACUUGA